AUGAUCAUUAUGAACCCCAAGAUCAAGUGUAGAGGUGGAGAUCACGGGGAAGUUCUAUAUCAUUUUAGUGAAGCCUUUGUUGAAAUAUUAUUUCCACUGUAUAAUAUUCUCCUUGGCCGCCGUUUCCACUCUACGCUCACGCUCACUACCCAACCACCGCCGUUUCACUCCUUGCCACUGUACGCUCACGCUCACGAUCCAACCACCGCCGUUUCCCAGCCACCAUCAUCGACCGCCGUUUCCGUUCGUUUUUUCGCCGUUUCAAACCAAACCUCAGUCGCCGCUCACCAUCACCAUCGCGCCAAACCUCAGCCUCCGGUCCCUCUCGCACGACCUCCCUUCCUCUCUUCUCACACCGCCUUCACAAAACUUGUCAGAUUGUUAUCUUCUGGAACUACAAUUAUCCCUCGAGCAGCACCACCUGUUACUCAUCUGCAGGAUGCUAAUCAAGGUGUGACUGAUACCGUUCCGACUCCGAUAGUUAUAAUUGACCAAGACUCUGAUCCAAAUGCAACUGUGGUGAAGAUAACUUUUGGUCAUCGGCUUGGAGCUCUCCUUGACACGAUGAGUGCAUUAAAAAGCUUAGGUCUCAAUGUUGUUAAGGCAAAUGUCUUUUUGGAUUCUUCUGGCAAACACAACAAGUUUUUCAUCACAAAAGCUGAUACUGGCAGAAAAGUCGAAGAUCCAGAGUUGUUAGAAGCAAUUCGUUUGACAAUUAUAAAUAAUCUGAUUCAGUAUCACCCGGAAUCAAGUUCUCAGUUAGCAAUGGGAGCGGCUUUUGGACUUCUACCUCCGAAAGAGCAGGUGAUGAAUGUCUAUACUUUUCAGUUUCAGUUGUAA